ACCUUCAUGGGCCAAACGUUUUUUAUUUUUUUUCCUCGUCCUCUUUCUUCUAGUAAUCUGGAUCUGCAAAAGUAAUGGCGGUUGAAGAAUCGAGUGCCUGAAACAAUGCCACGCCUCAGUUCGUCUUCUUUCUCCAUCAUCCACCAACUCAAUUACUCAAUUCCAUCUCUUUCUCCUUCAAAUCCUCUUUUAAAUUCCAUUUCUCAGUCCCCAAUUUCAAUCCUCCACUCUGCAAAAUGCCUUCUUCCGACCCCACCAUCGUUAUCGACCGCCUCCGAUUCACUUACCCUGGAAUCGACGGCCACCCUCCGCCCGGUUCCAACCCACUUAUCGAAGAUUUCUCCCUCACCCUCAAUGCUGGUGAUCGUUGCCUUCUUGUCGGAUCCAAUGGCGCUGGGAAGACCACGAUCUUGAAGAUUUUGGGAGGGAAGCAUAUGGUGGAGCCGCAUAUGGUUCGUGUGCUUGGAAGGUCGGCUUUUCAUGAUACUGCUUUGACUGUUUCUGGUGAUCUUUGUUAUCUAGGAGGAGAGUGGAGGAGAGACGUGGCCUUUGCUGGAUUUGAGGUUCCCAUUCAAAUGGCUGUAUCUGCAGAGAAACUAAUUUUUGGAGUAGGUGGGGUUGAUCCGAAAAGGAGAGCUGAACUCAUUAAUAUUUUAGACAUUGAUCUAUCAUGGACGAUGCACAAGGUGUCUGAUGGUCAGAGAAGACGGGUGCAAAUAUGCAUGGGUCUUCUCAAGGCAUACAAGGUUCUUCUUCUUGAUGAGAUAACUGUGGAUCUUGACGUGCUGGCAAGGGCUGACCUUUUGAAGUUUCUGAAAAGGGAAUGUGAGGAACGAGGGGCUACAAUAAUUUACGCCACACAUAUAUUUGAUGGUCUUGAAGAUUGGCCAUCACACAUGGUCUAUGUGUCACAUGGGAAGUUGCAGAUCUCCAUGCCAAUGGAUAAAAUUAAAGAGAUUAGCAAAUUAUCUCUUAUGAGAACAGUUGAGAGUUGGCUAAGGAAGGAGCGGGAUGAGGAACGACAGAGGAGAAGGGAAAGAAAGGCAAAUGGUCUGCCUGAAUUUGAAGAAAGAAUAGAGGAAAGCCGUGUGACUGGGGACCCAGCCCGCUCUGCUGUUCGAGUAAUAAACAACGGUUGGGCAGCAGGACGGCUUAACUCCACUAUUGCCGGAGAAGAGAACUUCUUGUUCAGCUCAAACAGAGUUCUCAGACAGACAGCAUAUAGCCCAACAACAAUCAACAAUGACCCUACAACACUGAGAAGAGAAACCAACAAAACACAAACUACUCUUAACAACAUGCUUUUGGUUGGCAUUUCAACACAAGUCCAAUAUAUAAUGUGUUUCGUCGAUAAGAAAUUGUAGGUGGAAGUUUGUACUCACGUUCCUACGUAUAAUUUUUCUUGAAA